UAACUUCCUGUGUGUGUCUCUCAUAUCUUCAGAGUGACUGAGCUUUCAGUUUGACAUACAAACCACAUCUUCAUCAUCCUCUGACCGUCCUGCAGGACAUCAUGUCCAACAGCACCUCCCUCAACGAGAGCGCCAACCACAUCGACGUCGUCCCGGUGAGCAUCUACUCCUUCAUCUUCAUCGUUGGCAUCCUUCUGAACCUCGUCGCGCUGGUGGUUUUCUGCGGGAACGGCAGAUCCAGAUCUCAAACUGUCGUCUACAUGACCAACCUGGCCAUCGCUGACGUGCUGUUGAUCCUCACGCUGCCCAUGAGGAUCUACUACCACCUGGGGCAUCAUGACCUUCCUCAGCUGUUGUGCAGCAUCAUGGGUUUGGUCCUGAAGGCCAACAUGUACAGCAGCAUCUACCUCCUCAUGUGUAUCUGCUGCGACCGCUGCUUGGCCGUCACCCUCCCCAUGUCAACGGGCGUCCAGGAGGCGAGGAAGAAAGCGCCCCUGAUCUGCAUCGGCAUUUGGAUGCUAACAUUUGGUGCCAGUGUUCCAAUCUAUCUCUCCAAAGAAAUCCAUUUCAAUCAAACUCAGUGUUUCGACAGUCUUCCGGUCUUCGCCAUCAACCAUAUCGUGGUCCUGCCCACGCUGUUCCUAGGGUUCGGGAUCCCGUUGGUGGUCAUGCUGAUCUGCUCCUGGUUUCUGGUCCGAGCUGUCCGACGGAGCACCGUGGCCCAGACCAACCUGGUGGACAGCUCGAAGAUCUCAAAGAUGGUCAUCACCAGCCUCCUGGUCUUCCUCGUCAGCUUCCUCCCGUACCACACCAUGCUGCUCCUCCUGUCCCAGAACCCGAACCACGACGGGAUGCUGCACGCUUACCGCUACAGCCUGAUGGUGGCGUGCCUUAACACCGUGCUGGAUCCUGUGGCUUACUAUUUCACAGCAGACACCUUCAGGAGAAAGGUGGACAUGGGUGUCGUGUGGAGGAUGUUACCUUUGAACAGUCAGAGCUCGGAUUUGAACCGGAGGAGCAGGAUGCCUGGAGACGGCUAAAGACCUCGCGAGGGACUGGCGCCCUACGAUGGCAGUUACACAACAAAGACUGAACUGUACUUUUUAAAUUUAACAUUUUGGAAAGGAUGAUUCUUGAAUUCCAGCUGAGGAAGCUUUGAGUUAAUAAUUGUAUUCAGGAAUUUAAAUUAUGGUUAUUAGUGCUGAUUCAGCAAAGUCACGUUGCUAAACUAAUCUCUGAAGCUGUGUUUAGACUAAUCUUCAAAUACGUGUUUGUAUGUCCAAACAGAAUCUGGCAAGGGACUGGGUUUUCAGGGUUUUUGGGGCUUUUGGUGGAUCAUCCAAAUGCUUUGGCAGUUCAUGUGGAGAACAAUCCUGGCUCCUGUCAGUCCUGGAAGUUUGCUUUAAUUCACCUUGCCUGUCCCGUGAAGCAACCCCUUGUAGAACUCCAAAUUCUUCUUCUCUUCUGAAGUUGGUAGCUGCACUGAAAACAAAGACAGCCCACAGAAAAGGAAGUCUCGGUUGGAGGUUCAUUAUCACAAAUAGCUGCCCACGAGAACCGAUGUGUUCUGAGAUCCUGUGAAAUAUAUGUACAGUAUGUGUGUGUUUGUGUGUCUCUGUGUGUGAUUCACUGUGUGUGUGUGUGUUUCUGUGUGUGUGUGUGUGUGUGUGUCUCUGUGUGUGAUUCACUGUGUGUGUGUGUGUGUGUGUGUGUGUUUCUCUCUGUGUGUGUGUGUGUGUGUAGCAGUGUGACCUCCUGCUUGCGUCUGCUUAUUUUAAAGAUGUAGCUUGUUAAUGUUAAUCGUUAAAGUUCGUGAUGUGUGUGUGUGUGUGUGGUUUCCUGUAUGUUCACCAAAACAUCAGACAUACAGGCGCUCAUUGCUAGUUCCCACGUGAAAUCAGCACAACGCUGUAACCUGGUUUUGAUGUCCUUGUAAAGAGCGCCCCCGUGUGGCUACACGUGUGCAUGCUUUCAUAGAGAAAAGGAUCCAUGAAGUCAGGCCUGCAGGACGAAGGACAGCGUACUUAAAAACAUAAAGUUUCUGUAAACUCUGCUCAAAUACACACUCUCUCUCUUUCUAUUUCUCUUUCUCUCUCUCUCACACACACACACACACACACACACACACAUACAAACACACACACACACACACACAAGAAUGACAUUAAAUAGACAUGCCAGCGGCUUUGGCUCAGUGGUAGAGUCAAUCGUCUCUCAACUGGAAGGUCAGUGGUUCAAUCCCCAGCUCCAGCAGCCACAUGGCCGAUGUGUCCUUCAGCAAAACACUGAACCCUGAGUUGCAGAGGCAUAUGAGUUAAAACUCAUGGACUCUUUUAGGUCCUGACACACCAAGGAGAUCGGCCCCCUGACGGCCUCUUUUUUGGUUUGGUUCAGGAAAACCCCUUGAGCCGCUGUAGUAGCCAUGCUUUCAGCCAUUAGUGCGGUUUCUCUUUAUUUGUCACAGUUGGACUUCAUCCUCACUAGGUCUUUGCCGUCUGCUUGGUGUGUCAGGGCCUUCACACCCUAAGACUAAAAAAGAACUAAACAAGCACAAGUCCAUUCACCAUCAACACAACCUGCUGUUGUCAUGGUGAUUUCUGACAUUGUCAAUCGGAGAGCCUGAAGUCGAAUACUGACUACUCUUGUAGCCAUCCAUGGGGCGCUUGUGGAGUAGUGGUUACUGCGCGCGCCCCAUGUAUGGAGGCUAUAGGAUUCCAAGUGAGCAGUCCAGGUUCAAAUCCAGCCUGUGGCUCCCUUCUCACAUGUCAUUCCCCUCUCUCUCUCACUGCCUUCCAACUCUAUCCACUGUCCUAUCUCUCAAUCAAAAGCACAAAAGCCCCAAAAAACAAAAAAAACAUCCAUUAUCUACAAUGCUUCUCCUGUUCGGGGUCACAGGGGGGCUGGCAUUGGGCGAGAGGUGGGGUCACACCAUUGUUCUCCAGUCAGUCACAGAGCUGUGUUAAACACUUGGUCACAAAAUAUAAAGCAAAUCUGGAAACUGGAAAUAAAACUGAAUCCUCACAGAGGUUCUGUGCUGCAUGCUGCACAGACUGAAGUAUGACAGUUUCUACCACCUGCUCCACAUUGUGCACAUGUGAUGACCUGUUUUAUUGCAAAUGUUUGUCCUGACUUGAAGCACUUGGGGGCAUUCUCCUGAUUGUAAAGCAUUCAAAGUUGCAUUUCUAAAACAAUAAACAUGAUGAAGUUUA